UUGAUCAUAUUCAAUGUUCAGAAUAUAAAAAUUAAAAUAGUCACACAUUCAUUCUUACAUUAAUAAAUUCAAAUAUUUAAAAAUAUUUUUAUUUAAAUAAGCUAUUAAAAAAAUAUUUUUAUAUUACAUCAAUUACAGUAUUUUUCAGAUUAUCAUACUAACUGAAGUAACCUAUUAAUUGUAGUUAUCCAAUAAUCAUGGAAAUUGAUAAUGAAAAUAUUGUCCAGGCCGUGGUGAUAAUGGACACUUUCAAUAAUAAUUUUGUUCCUAUAUGCAACAACAAACCAAUGGCAUUCUUAUCAGUUGCAGGUGUUUCAUUAAUUGACUAUGUACUUGAAUCUCUGGCAUUAGGGGGAGUGGGUGAAACAAUUCUCUUUUGUUGUCAGGAUGGUACGAGGGUGAAAGAACACCUUAGGAAAUGCAAUCAGAUGAAAGCAACAUGGAGUUUGACUAUGGAAGUAAAUGUUUUAAUGUCUGAUUCUUGUCAAACUAUGGGUGAUGUAAUGAGAGAGAUAUAUGAAUCUGGUCUUGUCAGAGGAUAUUUUGUAUUAAUGGGGGUGAAUAGUAUUACUAAUGUUAAUUUUGCAUCCCUACUGGAAGAACACAAGCAAAUUUCAAAAAAGGACAAAGGUGCAGCUAUGACAUUAAUAUAUCAGAAGGUUUCAUGGGAACAUCCACUGAUUAGUUGGGAUAAACCUAUUUUUAUAGCUGCUGAUGCAAAUACUAAGAAAAUAUUAAUGCACAAGAAAUAUAAAAUAAAAUCAAACGACAGGACAAUUAAUUUGCCUUUGGAGGUUACACUGAAUUAUUCAGAAGUUAAACUACACCACAAUCUAGCAGAUGCCAAUAUUGCCUUGUGCUCACCUUCAGUUCUUCCAUUAUUUUAUGAUAAUUUUGAUUUUCAAACAUGUGAUGAUUUUAUUCAUGGCAUUCUAAUAAAUGAAGAAAUCCUAGCCAGUUCAUUAUACUAUAUUCUUCUAAAAAACAAUCAGUAUGCUGCAACUGUCUCUAAUUGGAAAACUUAUCAAAUUAUUUGCCGAGAUAUUUUGCAUAAUUGGGUAUAUCCAUUAUCCAUAGAAUCUGGUUCAUUUUACCAAAAUAAUUAUAUCACCACAGGAAAUCACAACUUUCGUGACACAAGUUCUAUUUUGAGUAGAUCUUGUACAUUGACAGAGGAUGUACUAAUUGGAGCCAAUACAUAUAUUGGCGAUAACACUGUGGUAACAAAAUCCAUGAUAGGGAAGAGAUGUAAAAUUGGAAACAAUGUCAAAAUUACUGGAAGUCAUAUUAUGGAUGAUGUAGUUAUCAAAGAUAACUGUAAUAUAUCUUAUAGUUUUAUUGAUCGAAAUUGUAUAAUUGAAAUAAAUUCAAAUAUUGAGGGAGGUACAAUUAUAGCAUCUGAGAUCACUGUAAAGUCGGGUAGUCAUUUAAAUGGAAAUAUAAUUGAUUCUGAAAGUGAUAAAGGAAAUGAGAAAAUUUUGCAUAAGUCUACAUCAGAAGGUGAAUGGGAGAAUGAUUCUUCGGGUGCUGGAGUUGAUGAGUUUAUUGGAUUUGAAAAAAAUUGGAGUGACAGUGAAUCUUGUUAUUCAUCUGAUAGUAGUGCAGAAUCAUCUCUGCCUGAUUCACCUGCACCAGAAGACACUAACAUAUUCCUUCAAGAGGUAAUUGAUAGUUUAGCUAGAGGUUUUGAAGAGAAGUUGAAAUGUGAUUUCCUUAUAUUAGAAAUUAAUUCUUCAAGAUAUGCAUACAAUAUUCAGCUUCAUGAGGUCAACUUCUUUGUAGUAAGAGCAUUGUUAAGUUUGCCAGUUCUCACUGAAAGCAAAAAUGUUUUGGUCACUCUAAAAGAUAUACUGAAGUUUUUCCAUCCAAUCUUAAAUAACUACAUAAAGACAAAGUCUUCCAUAAUGGAUUGUUUAAAAGCAGUUGAAGACAGUUGUAUUAAAUGUGAAUGGCUAGAUGGUAAAGCUGGACAGAUAGUGCAUUUGUUUUAUGAAGCUGAUGUGGUAGAUGAAGAUUCAUUAUUAGAAUGGUAUGAAGAUUUGAAAGAAAAUGAAAGUCCUAUCAUGAGUCAAUCAUCAAUUGUAAAAUUCUUUGAAUGGUUACAAGAAGCAAGUGAAGAAAGUGAUUCAGAUUAAACUGUACAAUAUAU